CAAAUACCUAGAAUACCCAAGGUCUCUCUACCUCCCUAGGCAGGUAUCUUAAAGUUCAACAACACCAGCCACUUCCACACAACCCAAAUUCGAAUAUCCUACCUGACCGCACCACACGCCGCAAACCGCGAACAACCAAAAAGAAGCGAAAAUAAAAACACAACGGAAAAAAAGCACUACAAUCCGCCAUGGACCUCCUCUCGAGCGUCCGCAAGUCCGGCUCCCGCGGCGGCGUCAACUUCAGCUGGGACGAGGUCGCCAACUCGGCCCAUCGCGAGAACUACCUUGGCCACAGCCUCAAGGCCCCUGUUGGCCGCUGGCAAAAGGGCCGUGACCUCAACUGGUACGCCAAGGGGGACGACGCCGCCGGCGCGCGCGAGGGCGAGACAGAGCAGGAGCGGGCGGAGCGCGAGCGCAAGGAAGAGCUGCGGAAGGUUAAGGAGGCCGAGGAGGACGCCCUCGCGCGCGCGCUGGGGCUUCCCGUGCCGCAGAGGGACACCUCAGGCGCCAACGCCGUGGAGGUCAGCGGGAUCAGGGGGAUCGGCGCGGCGGCGGCGGCGGGUGACAACCAUGUGGAGGAGGAGCAGCAGCAGCAGAAGAAGGGCGGGCUCGUCGUUUCGGAGAAGAGGGAGCGGAGAGAUCGCGACCAGGAGAGGGAGAGGAGAAGGCGACGGAGUCGGAGUCGAAGCCCAAGACGGGAAAGGAGGCGAGACGGUGGGGAAAGGAGGCGAGAUGAUGGAGAGAGGAGACGGAGCCGCGAGAGGGAACGUGGCGAGGAGGAGAGGCGGUGGAGAGGUGAGGGACGGGAUCACGAUCGCGAGCGCGGGGGUCGCGACGAAGGGCGAGAGAGACGGCACCAUCGCCGCGCGAGGAGUCGGAGCCACGACCGCGAGCCGAGGGAGCAUCGUCGGCGGAGCAGGAGUCGCGAGGGACGCGGAGCACCCUCUGGGGGUCGACGGCGCAGCCCGGACGAGCGUCGACGAUGACUGCUCAGUGUUUGUGCGAAUUGUCUGAUAGACUGAAGAAAUGAUACCCAGUUUAGUUCUUUGCCAGGUAAAGCAAGGCUGCGGCUGAAGAAAAUGAUGACAUACCCUGGGUCUGUGUAGUGUGCCGUACGAAUAGCCAUGAAUACAUACGUA